AAAAUAAAACCACCUAGAACUUUUUAGGUGAGUCCUACAACCACUUCGAUUCACCUAAAAUGCGAUAAAAACACGAAAUAUCGUGAAACGUCAUAAGACAACCUUCCUGGAAAUGAUCAGUGGGAGUCUUCUCUAUUAAAAUUACUCAAAGCUCCUGUCGUUCUAAGUCCAUCUAAAGCUCAUGAAUGAGGUCUAAAGUAGCAGACGAUGGAGAAUCGGAAAGAUGCAUUUUUCAAAUUGACCACGCGCGACAUCAAAGUCGGAGAACCGCCAAAACGUCCGACGUUCUAGAACGAAGAAACUGCAACAUUUGAGUUGUAGAACGCGAUUAAACUCGACCACAGCUUCGAAUAGCGAGUCUCGUUUCCUCAGCAACUCCCUCAGCAUGAGCUCUGCACGACAGACCGAAGCUGGAUUUAUCCAGGAAUCCCAGAACACAGCUGACGUCAACGGUGCAGAUUCAGCGCUCUUCUACCUCUUCCAGGAAGUCUCCAAACUAGCGUCGCCCACUCAUAACAGCUGCUUGGAUUCAAAUCCAUCCUCCAAAUGGCUUAAGGACACAUCAAAGAGGUACAUUUUUAAUCAUAAAAAGGAAGAAGAGGAUGAGAAAUCACGCAAAGCCUCUAGUGGUCGUGUGGAGGAUUGUUUAGUAAUGGAAAAGGACGGCCUGGUGUACAACAAUGUCUCAACCCGGGACACACCACAGGAACGCAGCAGUCCGUGGAAGGUUCUGAACCUGAUCAACCUGCACUGUGAGAGACUCCUACAGAAAGAUGUUGAGCUGAACUCAACUUUAAGAUCUUCCACAAAAUCUUGCCACCUAAUGACCACAUUAGCUGUCUCAGAUGUACGUGAUGGAGUUCAGAGGAACAGCGUUCCUGUCGGAAGACAAGGGCUUGCAGCAUUUACCACUCCGGAUCUUAGGCUGAAGGGCUCAGGGGACCAUCGUGUACUCCAGAGCUAUGAUGAAGAUGAGGAGUGUGGUGUGCGUGUUCAGACCUCUGAGAAAACAGGCCCAGGUACCUCGAAGCUGCAAAAAGACAGUUCGUCUGAGUCUUUGCAGCCUCUGAGUAGAUACAGAGCAGAAUCCAGCAUUCACACAUCUUUAGUUUGGAGCCAGGAGGCUACCAGGGAAGAUCAUCUUGGUGUUCUACUUACUAAAAAGUCUUUACACGGAGGACAGAGCCCUGAUGCAUGCCCAAACACCCCGAUGACCUUUGGUUCAAACAGUAACGUGUGCACAGAUCAGUCAAACGCAAACAUGACCUUACCUACAUUUCUGCUCCCCGCACACUCUGAAACCUUCAGAUUUGACACUACAGACCGCUGCCGGGCACUUCUAGAGCAAGGUGACAAGUUCACCACAUCUAAACCUGGCUGUAGUAAAACUCUCACAGAGGAAAAGUCUCCUGCAGCCCACCACCUGAAAUCCUCAAGCUGUGAGCCUGCAACAUCGCCGUCGGACGUUUGGGUGUUGCAAACGGAUCUUCCUCCUGCCCACCAGCGUCGACCCAGGACUCGACGAAAACAACCCUGUCCCUCUCGCAGCGCAGACAUUCAGGACCCAGACUUCCAGGGAGUGACGUUCAGGAUAGACACAGAACUGGAUGGCACCAGAGGGCAGUCUCGGCUCCUCAUUACAUCCAAGUACAGCAAGGAGCUCUGCAAGAGGGUGCGAAAGCCAAAGCUGAGGACCAGAACUGCCCAGAAAUCUGUAAAGUCCACCAGCUCAGAAGAAGAUAACGACCUUGCAGCUAAUGCCAUGAGAGGCAAAGUGUGUGCGUCGUGCUGCACCAGGAAGACGCCCAUGUGGAGGGAUGCCGAGGACGGCACUCCGCUCUGCAACGCCUGUGGGAUAAGGUAUAAGAAGUACCGAGUGCGCUGUGUCAAGUGCUGGCACAUCCCCCGGAAAGAGAGCAACUCCAGCUCCAUCUGCUUCAAGUGUGGAAACUCGGUGAAAGUGUCCUCAGCUCAGAGGAAACAAAGCGCUUAGAGUGAAUGCUGGUUUGAGUUUGUGGGUUACCUGUUCAGAUAUUCUUACGGUUCAGUAGUGAUAAGAUUGUAAAAAGAAAAAGCAUGAUUUAAUAAGAAAUGUUCUAAAAUGUGAAACUUGGAUAUCUGCCACAGUUUUCCCUCGUUUGUUCGUGUUCCUUUUAUGCAUCUGUUGCACGUUUUCCUUUUGUCUUGGUGGAGAAAACAUCACAUGCAGAGCACCCAGAUGUUUUAGGAGAGCUGAAGUUCUUUUUUUUUUUUGGGGGGGGGGGGGGGGGGGGGGGGACAAAACAAAAACAAACACAUGGCACAAUUAUUGGAAGGUUUAGCCAGGAUUGUUGGAAUGUUUAUUUAAAACCGUGACCUGCGUGGGAAAGGUCAACAGUGACAGGCGUUUUUGUGCAGGCACCGUUACUAAUCUGACUCUAGAAACACCGUCUAAGGUCAGGUUUUAUCUGCACAAGUUUCUUUGUAUGUUGUGUUUUUGCAUUGAAUAACCAUUUUCCCUUCUGAAGGUAGACUUUGGUAUGUGUUCAUGGGCUUUUUUUUGUAAUACAUCCCAAAUGAAUCGUC